GCGGCGGCGCUGCUCAUCCUUCCCGGGCGCUGCUGCUGAGGAGGAGCCUGGCGGGCGCCUUGUUGGGCCGGAGGCGCUCGGGGUGGGCCUGCGCGAGCCCGCCAAAGGCCGGGACUGCAGCCAUGAGCCGCACGUGUGGGAUCUAAAGCCUGCCUUUGCUGCUGCUGCUGCUGCUGCUGCUGCUGGUGGCGGAGGAGCAUGCUCUGUUCGCAGCCCGGCUUUUCCCAGGAAUUGAUGCACUUACAAUUGACGAGUCAUUAUGCUGCUCCACCUGUGUAGUGUUAAGAAUCUGUACCAGAACAGGUUCCUAGGCCUGGCGGGCAUGGCGUCUCCGUCUAGGAACUCUCAAAACCGGCGCCGGUGCAAAGAACCCCUGAGGUACAGCUACAACCCAGACCAGUUCCACAAUAUGGACAUUGGGAAUGGUCCCCACGAGACAGUAACGAUUCCGCGCUCUACCAGUGACACAGACUUGGUCACCUCGGACAGCCGGUCUACACUCAUGGUCAGCAGCUCCUAUUACUCCAUAGGACAUUCGCAGGACCUAGUGAUUUACUGGGAUAUAAAAGAAGAAGUGGAUGCAGGGGACUGGAUUGGCAUGUAUCUUAUUGAUGAAGUCCUGUCUGAAAACUUCCUGGACUACAAGAACCGUGGGGUGAACGGCUCUCAUCGGGGACAGAUUAUCUGGAAGAUUGAUGCCAGCUCUUACUUUGUAGAGUGUAAGUAUUUCAUAGCAGUCAUACACCGUGAUUCAAUUUUUAAAAGCAUCACCAACGAAGAUUCAGUCCAGGGGCAAGGAAACCGAAGGUUGAUCAGUUUCUCAUUAUCAGAUUUCCAAGCUUUUGGCCUGAAGAAAGGCAUGUUCUUCAAUCCAGAUCCUUAUUUGAAGAUCUCAAUCCAGCCUGGAAAACAUAGCAUCUUCCCAGCUCUUCCUCACCAUGGACAAGAGAAGAGGUCCAAGAUCAUGUAUAAUACUGUCAAUCCCAUCUGGCAACGAGAGCUCUUCAGCUUUGUUUCCCUGCCCACCGACGUCCUGGAAAUAGAGGUUAAAGACAAGUUUGCAAAGAGUCGGCCAAUCAUUAAGCGUUUCUUGGGGAAGCUUUCUAUGCCGGUCCAGCGGCUGCUGGAGAGAAUUGCCAUUGGGGACAGGGUUGUCAGCUACACUUUGGGGCGCAGGUUGCCAACAGAUCACGUCAGUGGGCAGCUGCAGUUUCGAUUUGAGAUCACGUCUUCCAUUCAUCCAGCAGAUGACGAAGAGGUCUCGAUCACUGCCGAUCCGGAGUCCAUUGAAUUCCAGGAAAGCCCCAUGCAUAACUGGGGUGAGGAAUCCCUUGGUGAAGAGCCUCCCGUAGCCAGCACAGUGAGCUCAGAAAGCUCAGCUCCAGAGAAGCUAAAUGGAUGCCCAGUGAUCUGCAUCAAUGUUGAUGGCUCUGGUGUUGGGGAUCUCACUCAGAACAGCCUUUUAAAAGAAGAGCUAGCAGGAAACGGGGAGAUUGAGGCAGUGCCAGGAGGCGCGGUUGAUCCCGAGGAAUCUGUCCCCGGAGAAAUGAUGCCUUCCCUAAGUGCUGUGGAACUUACCGAGCAACUGUCUCUGCUGGCGUGCACGCCCCCUGAAUCUGAAGUUAGGGAAAACAAUAAAGUCAAUUCCGUGACACAGGGAGACAGUGACUUGUUAACCUGCAUAGAAACUCUAUCUAUUGAUGAGGUGACUGGAGACAUGCAAGCCAUUAAGGAUCAGGAGAAGAGCCAAGAUGAUGGGGCCUCAGCCCAAGAGGAGCAGGAGGAGGAAGAAGGAGAGCAGAACAAGCUGCAGCUAAGAACAGCGGUGAAAAGGAAAAACCGGCCAUGUUCCUUGCCAGUGUCUGAGCUUGAGACGGUGAUAGCCUCCGCUUGUGGAGAGCCCGAGACUCCUCGAACCCACUAUAUCCGGAUCCACAAUCUCCUGCAUAGUUUGCCUUCUGCCCAGAUGAGCAGUGAUGGAGAAGGGGAGGAGGAUCAGGGCAGCGUCGAGAACGAUGAAGAAUUGACAGUCAGGGAGGUGUCAGAAAAGGAUGUGGUUAGUGAAACGGAAACCAUGCUGGCAGAACCGCCCGUGGAAGACGACGCUGAAGAGAACUUUGUUCGGGGGACUGUGCCUCGGAGCACUUCCAUUGAACACCCUACGGCACCGGCCGAACCUCUUCUGGGCCGGCGAGAAGGCCCCAGGACCGAAAGUGAAAGCGGGCAGAGCUGACCAGGCUUGGCGGAAAUCUGAAAUGUGCCAAUGACUGCGUCCUGCUACAGCCCGUCCUGCUACAGCACUUCCUGUUACAGCACCUCGUGCUACAGCACUUCCUGUUACAGCACUUCCGGUCCGGAGAGUACCAACCGGUUCUCAAGCCAUACCCGGUUCUCCUCUCAUGGAGCAGAGUCUGAGGGAUUUCCUGAAAGCUUGGAAUGCUUUUCUUGGGACGAUGAAGAGGAGGAGAACAGCGCUUUUGAGUCAGUCCCAGACUCGGUCCAAAGCCCUGAGUUUGACAGGGAACAAGUGGACGGCUCCGCCCACUGGCCUGAGGAACUGGUAGCUCGUGGAAUGAAUCUGCAGAGAACGGCAGAAAGCGUAGAGUCUCCCGUAGCAGGUCCCAGCAACAGAAGAGAAGGUUUUACUUAUGCUCCGCCAAUUCUCAAUGAUCAAUGGCCUUCCUUGAGACCUGAUCGCCAUCACUUUCACCAUUGUUCAUUUCUUCCUCCAAAUUGGGAAGCUCGCAUAGACAGCCAUGGACGGGUAUUCUACGUGGAUCACGUGAAUCGAACCACCACUUGGCAGCGUCCAACUGCGGCCGCGACUCCUGAUGGAAUACGCAGAUCAGGUUCAAUCCAACAAAUGGAGCAACUGAAUCGACGGUAUCAAAAUAUUCAGCGAACUAUCGCAACAGAGAGGACGGAGGAAGACACUGUGGUCAGUAACAGGGUGGAAAGACUCCCUCCCACAGGGGGCAGCGAUUCUGAGGCAGACUCUUCCCAGCCCAAUUCAGAAGUGAGAAGAGAAGUGUCUCUUUCGCCUGUGAACUCUCAAAAAAUCACGUUGCUGCUGCAGUCUCCGGCUGUCAAGUUCAUCACUAAUCCCGAGUUCUUCACGGUGCUGCAUGCGAACUAUAGUGCCUAUCGAGUCUUCACCAACAGCACCUGCUUAAAACACAUGAUUCUGAAAAUCCGCAGGGAUGCUCGAAAUUUCGAGCGGUAUCAGCACAACAGGGACUUGGUCAAUUUCAUCAACAUGUUCGCUGACACACGGCUGGAACUUCCGCGAGGCUGGGAAAUCAAGACUGACCAGCAAGGCAAGUCCUUCUUUGUUGACCACAACAGCCGUGCCACCACUUUCAUCGAUCCUAGAAUCCCCCUUCAAAAUGGCCGCCUCCCUAAUCAUUUGACCCACAGGCAGCAUCUCCAGCGACUCCGUAGUUACAGUGCUGGCGAGGCAUCAGAGGUUUCUCGCAAUAGAGGGGUUUCUCUGUUGUCCCGACCAGGCCACAGCCUGGUAGCAGCAAUUCGAAGUCAGCAUCAUCAUGAGACGUUACCUCUAGCAUACAAUGACAAGAUAGUUGCAUUCCUACGCCAGCCCAACAUUUUUGAAAUGCUGCAGGAGCGUCAGCCAAGCUUGGCCAGAAACCAUGCACUCAGGGAGAAGAUCCACUACAUUCGGACAGAGGGUACACACGGGCUUGAAAAGUUAUCCUGUGAUGCAGAUUUAGUAAUAUUAUUGAGCCUUUUUGAAGAAGACGUUAUGUCCUACAUCCCUCUCCAAGCAGCCUUCCACCCUGGCUACAGCUUCUCCCCUCGCUGUUCCCCGUGCUCAUCACCUCAGAAUUCUCCAGGCUUGCAACGAGCCAGCGCCAGAGCACCUUCUCCGUACAGGAGAGAUUUUGAAGCUAAGCUUCGCAAUUUUUACCGAAAACUAGAAGCCAAAGGGUUUGGCCAGGGUCCGGGUAAAAUUAAGUUAAUAAUACGGCGUGAUCAUCUGCUGGAAGGCACUUUUAAUCAGGUGAUGGCUUAUUCACGGAAGGAGCUCCAAAGGAACAAACUCUACGUCACGUUUGUUGGAGAAGAAGGCCUGGACUACAGCGGCCCAUCCCGAGAGUUUUUCUUCCUUCUGUCUCAGGAGCUCUUCAACCCCUACUAUGGCCUGUUUGAAUAUUCAGCAAAUGACACUUACACUGUACAGAUCAGCCCCAUGUCAGCGUUCGUAGAAAACCACCUGGAAUGGUUCCGGUUUAGCGGCCGCAUCCUUGGCUUGGCCCUUAUUCAUCAGUACCUCCUUGACGCUUUCUUUACCAGGCCAUUCUACAAAGCACUGUUAAGGCUACCAUGUGACCUAAGUGAUUUGGAGUACCUGGAUGAAGAGUUCCAUCAGAGUUUACAGUGGAUGAAAGACAACAACAUCACCGAUAUCCUGGACCUCACGUUCACAGUUAACGAGGAAGUGUUCGGACAGGUAACAGAAAGAGAGUUGAAGUCAGGAGGCGCAAAUACGCAGGUGACCGAAAAGAACAAGAAGGAGUAUAUUGAAAGGAUGGUGAAGUGGCGCGUGGAAAGGGGUGUCGUUCCAGGCAAACCAGGGCUCUAGAUCAUUGGCUUCUACGAAGUUGUAGACUCAAGGCUCGUCUCUGUUUUCGAUGCCAGGGAGCUAGAAUUGGUUAUAGCUGGCACUGCGGAAAUAGACCUCAAUGACUGGCGCAACAACACAGAAUAUCGGGGUGGUUACCAUGACGGUCAUAUCGUAAUACGAUGGUUCUGGGCUGCCGUAGAAAGAUUCAACAAUGAACAACGGCUACGGCUGCUGCAGUUUGUCACAGGGACCUCUAGCGUGCCAUAUGAAGGUUUUGCAGCCCUUCGGGGAAGCAAUGGACUACGGCGCUUCUGCAUAGAGAAAUGGGGCAAAAUAACAUCCCUUCCCAGGGCACAUACCUGUUUCAACCGCCUGGAUCUUCCACCCUAUCCAUCGUAUUCAAUGCUAUACGAGAAGCUGUUGACGGCUGUGGAGGAAACUAGCACCUUUGGACUCGAAUGAGGGAAGUCAGGUGUAUUCCUGGUCGGUGACAUCAACUUCCUUUUCUGCUGCCAUAUGAUUUUUUUGUGUGUGUUUUGAUUUGUGGGGUGGGAAAUCAGGACUGAUUUUUUAAAAAGCUGUGCAUGAAGAAACAGCCUUCCUUUAAGAACUAACCUUCAUGCUAUCAUCUUCGGUUUCCAAUGGACAACUAGCCUGUAUGCAAUAUAAAACAAAAAAACAAAAACCAACUGUCUCAAGGUCUCUGUGUAUCUCCACAUACCUCCAUUAACAACAACGAAAAUAUGAAUGCAAGUUAUGCUACACUUGACCAAAUGUUAAUGUUUACUUCUAUCUACACCGAUUAAAAAACAACAUUCAAGCAUUCCAAGCUUUCAUAUGCCCACCUCUCCUUGAUUACCCACCGGUCAUCUUGUGUCUUAGCAGCUGUGUCCACUCACGGGAGCCGGCCAAGAAUUCUUUUCAUCCACUCUUGAUUUUCUUGUACCUACAAGAGACACCUAUGAGCAAAACUGGAUUUUUUUAUACAUGAACUCAUAACCCAAAUCAACUGCAUCAGCUGGACCUGGGCCAGAUGCACGGUGCAGAUCAGACAUUUGAAACAAAGCAAACAUGUGAUGCAAUGCAGAAUAAAUUAGUGGUGGUUCAAAAAAAAAGUUCAGCGUGGAAUGACGUUGCGCUUCAAAGCCAUUGAGGCGCGGAGAGGAUUGUAAUGUUUAUUGUGAUGACUUGCCACAAGAGAAACACAAGUCUGUGCACCCAAGAAGGAUGUCUUAUGGUGUAGCGUAAUUCACAAGGCCCGCCUGACCAAUUAUUGUACAUUGUAAAAUGAAAUUGGCAGACUGAUCACUCCCUUCUUGAUAUCUUUUCGUUCUGUUUAUUGAUUCUUUGUUUUCUGAUGUUGAAACACGCCCUUGCAGAAAAGAAAACUCGACAAUCCUGCACUGUAUGUUGGAAGCCAUUAAUUGCUCAUGGUAUCAAUAGACCUCGAGUGGUGGUUUGGUUUUGUUUUUCAUUGCUGUUAAUCCUUCAUAAUCACAGCACUGGCUCGACACAGAAUGAUUUGACCAAAAUUUAGUUCAUGCGAAGCUGCAGAGGAUGACACUGAGGCAGGAUGAACGACCCUGUUAUCCACAGGUGUCAAGCUCACGGCCCUCCAGAUGUUUAUGAACUACAGUUCUCAUCAGCCCUUGCCAGUAUAGCCAAUGCUCAUGUUGGGAGGGACUGAUGGGAAUUGUAGUUCAUGAAUAUCUGGAGGGCCGCGAGUUUGACACCCCUGCUAUUAUCUGUAUUGCAACCAGGUCAGCAUUUGAACAUGUUCCUAAAGCCCCACUGAUCCCAUUUUUAGUGUAUUGGAGAGAUUAAGCUCCUCCGUAACUCUUUGAAAUAAUGGAACGCGUACAGUGCUAUCCUUUGUAGAGUCACUCCUGUCUAAGGCCACUGAAACCCAUGGGUUUAAAACAAGAGCAGUUCUUCUGCAUUGGAUUGCACUGGUUGUGUUACAACCUUUGCCUUGGAUCAGAACGAGGCCCACUGGAAUUUAUGUCUUUUCACAGGCACUGCUGAAACAUAUUUUUUUCAAUAAAGUCAACUUUCUUCUUUC